GCCUAAAGAUUGUCAAAUUGUCGAUCAGGUUUUGAUGUUGACUGACUUCUAUUUAUUCCCUUGAAGCACCCCCUCUUCAUUUCCCACAAACCAAACAGACAACAUUUUCUUUCUUUCAUUCAAGCGCUAAAGCUUCAUAUAUUAUUUUAAAUGAAAUUAAAAAUGGCUCCAUUUUGUUUUCUUCUAGUGGGUUGGUUUCUCUCAAUUCUCUCAUCUGUUCAUGCCUAUUAUGGAGGUAAUUGGAUUAAUGCUCAUGCUACUUUCUACGGAGGUGGUGAUGCUUCUGGCACAAUGGGUGGAGCUUGUGGCUAUGGGAACUUAUACAGUCAAGGAUAUGGAAUAAACACAGCAGCUCUAAGCACUGCAUUAUUUGACAAUGGAUUGAGUUGCGGAGCUUGUUUUGAGCUAAGGUGUGUAAAUGAUCGACAAUGGUGUCUCCCUGGCUCCAUUGUAGUUACUGCCACUAAUUUCUGCCCACCAGGAGGAUGGUGCGACCCUCCUAACCAUCACUUCGAUCUCUCUCAACCUAUUUUCCAACACAUUGCGCAGUAUCGAGCAGGCAUUGUCCCAGUAAUUUACAGAAGGGUAAGGUGCAGGAGAAGUGGAGGGAUUAGGUUCACAAUUAAUGGACAUUCCUACUUCAAUUUAGUGCUAAUUACAAAUGUGGGAGGAGCUGGUGAUGUGCAUUCAGUGUCAAUAAAGGGUUCAAGAACAAGAUGGCAACCAAUGUCAAGAAACUGGGGGCAAAAUUGGCAAAGCAACUCUUACCUAAAUGGACAAAGUCUCUCUUUUCUAGUUACUGCAAGUGAUGGACGUAGUGUGCUUUCUUACAAUGUUGCCCCUGCUGGUUGGUCCUUUGGCCAAACAUACACUGGAAGGCAAUUUCGGUAUUAACCAAUAAUUAUAUGGUUGGUACAUUUAAGAUGCAAUAUUAAUUUUAUUUUAUCUAUAAUAUGGAUUAAAUAACUAUUUUAUAUAUAGAGAGUGUAGUUUCGAAAAGCAUAUAUUAAUAUAUAUAUAUGUUUAUGGUCAUUAAUCUUGUAAUUAAAGGGUCAAAAUUUGUUACAAAUUUGCCCUUUUCGCUGCCCUUAAUUUUACUGUGAUAAUGUUUUUUUCAAAAAGAAAUUUUACUAUGAUAACUUGUGGAGGGAGAAGAUAA